AUGAGGCCGAUCGACCUUUACAGAUUUUGCCAAAAGAAAAAUGAGGCUGGAUCCUUGCGGGCAGUUCAAGCCCUUGAAUCCGGAGCAAAUUGGACCUAUUUAGCCGUUGCGCGUGAGCCGAUCGAUCGCUUCUUGAGCGGAUUCACUGAUAAAUGUAUAAAAGAGCAGAAACGCGGACCGCAUAAGUGCUACAAUUGUAUGGGAAAUCUUACAUGUUUUAUAAACAAGCAAUAUGAAAGGACGCUACAAUACGCGCGUGGAAGUCUAACAGCUAUCGGAUAUGAAGAUAUACACUUCUACCCUCAAAGCUGGCAUGUGGCUUGGAUUGCUACUCAAAUGCGAGAUGGACGAACCGGUCACGCAACCCAUCGAUCCCUCGAGCGACAACGGGUAGAGGCAGAGCUGAAGGCCGAUCCGAAGCUAAUGACCAUGCUGACGCGGAUGUUUUACUACGAUUUUUUGCUGUUCGGAUUUCCAUUGCCCGAAAUCCAGAGC